AUGCGACGUAACGCGGCUGCUAGGGAAGGUGCGACCGGUCUCUUUCAUUACAGUCCGGCAGACGGCACAACAGACCACACGUCGCGCCCACGACCUCGAACGCGCCCUGUGAAGACACCGCACACGACGGACACAGGCGGCGUUGCAGCCGCACACCGCGACACGCUUCGAUCGACGAUCCGAGCACGAGUCCUUCUUCAAGGACCAGUCAUGCCGCCGGCCAAGAAGCUCAGGAGCGGCGCGGCCUCCAAGGCCAAGGCCGGUAGCAAAGCGACAGCACCGCUAGCAGCCGCGGUGCCCGACGGCGAGUCGGCAUUUGCGCGGUUGGCCAAGCUGCACUGGCUCAAGGGCGGCAAAUUGCCGGCCAAGGUCAAGGUCAAAAACGACGUGAUCAAGGACGGCCUCUGGGCCCCUCUUGAGAAGGAUGGCUUUCCGUUCCGUGCACUGUUGUCACUAGAGACGCUGCAGACAUUGGAGGGAUACUUGUGGCCUGGCUACACCGAGGAUGCCUCUGACCAGCACGUCCUGCUCAUUGUGCUCAUCACCAACGCCAAGAAGCGUGAACAUCUCGACACAUGGGGCGUCUUUACGGACCGCCCGCUGGACUUUGCGUCGUUUUUCCGGCGGACGCUCACUAUGAGCCUCGACACGAGCCUCUCGCUCGCCAUCCGCUCGCAAAUUCUGUACUUUGUGAUCCAUGCCUUCCAGAGCCUCGACUGCGCCAUUGUCCGUAAAGAGUGCGCGCCUCUCGUGUCCAUCUCAACGUGGCACAACAUUUCCAAUGACGCACGCCGCGACGAGCUGCUCGACCAGACGAACCACCUGCGCAAGGCUUGGCGUGCAGCCGCCAAGCGGUUUGACGCUGGCGACGCGGCCACCCAGGCCCGGCUGCGCUUCGACCGUUCGUGGCUGUACUCACUCGUGCUCGACUUCAUCGGCGUGCUGUUUGACGAGACGGGUGCGCAAGACGCCGUGCGCUACUGCGAGCGCUUUGUCGAGUUUUUGUCGGAUCUGCAGAGCCAGCUACCCACGCGUCGCUACGUCAAUGCGCUCCUACAGGACUUGCACGUGCUGCCUGCGCUCGCCGUGUCGCCCGUCGUCCACGACGAGGCAAAUGGUCUCUUGCGCGACAUGGCAUCGCUGCUCACCCAUUACACGUACUUUAGCGUCGACGACCAGACAGGCGCGCAGCUCAGCGAGACCGAGGCGUACGACAAGCACUGUGGGCGCCUUGCCGCCCUGCAGCGCGUCGCGCUCAAGCACUUCAAGGACAAGCUGACCGUGCUGGCGCUUUCCAACUACGGCUCCAUCGAUAAGCGCGACGAGCUGGCGGGGCUGCUGGCGUCGCUGACCGACAGUGAGAUUGUGCAGCUUGCAGACCUACUGCACUUGCGCACCGCGUACCCGCCUUCGUGCAAGGUGCAGAUCGGGCGUACGUUCUUGGUAGAGGCGCUGCUCGGCACGUUUGAGAAGCGCCCGACGUUCCAGGACGAGGCACGCAACCUGUCCAUUUUGCCGACCGAACAGACCCUCUUCGACACGGGCCUGACGCGGUCCGACAGCUACGACGGGUCGCGACCGCUUGCACUGCCCAAGCUCAACCUGCAGUACCUGUCGGUGGGCGACUUCCUUUGGCGCUCGCUCGUACUCUACCGGUGCGAGUCCUUUUAUAGCAUUCGCCAAGAUAUCGAGGCAGCGUUGUUACGGGUCGAGUCUCUGCCAGGAAACGCGGGCGAGACACGUUUCACACGCAUCGGCAAGAUGGUCAUGCCCAUUCAGAAGUUAUCAAUUGCACAAGUUGUACCGCCUCUCGUGGGUGACGACCAGCCAUCGCUGGUCAAGGCCGAGGUUGCCAUCGACUUCCGGGGCGUCAAGGACUUUAUGCGACGCGAGUGGGAGGCGCUGCGGCCGGACGACACUGUCUUCUUGAUCGCCGUAAACACCAACCAGGCUAGGAAUGCGGCUAUUACUAACAAUCGUAACGGCGCUUCACUGACUGCGCAACAACUCGGAAUCACGUCCAUUCGCACAGCCGAGGUCAUGUAUCCGAUGGAGCCUGAAAACACCCGUGGCCAGGGCUUCCAGCGCCGUGGACGAGGCGCGCGCGGCGGGAGUGGAGGCGGCGGCGGUCGUGCUGGAUAUGGGCAUCGCAGUUUCGUCAGAAAGCUGCAGGUGCGCCUCGACGCCGCUUCGUUUGUAGAGGACACGAGCCAGUCGUCGGACGGCGCACCCGAUGUGUAUGACAGCUUCAACCUGAUUAUCCGGAGGCACGGGCGCGAGAACAACUUCAAGCCCGUGCUCGACUCGAUCCGCAGUCUCGUGCUGUCCGACGUGCCACUGGCGCCCUGGCUGCACGAGGUGUUCCUGGGCUACGGCGACCCGGCUGCCGCAACCUACAAGCACCUGCCGAACCGGAUCAAGAAGGUCGACUUCCGCGACACGUUCCUCGACUGGCAUCACCUGAUUGAAAGCUUGCCGGGCAAGACAGUCGAGCCGAGCGACGACGUGACUAGCAGUUUUGGUCCGCCGUACGUGCUGGGCCUGGCCGACAAGCCACCAGCCGCCGAGGUGCUGGCGCCCGCCAAGCCCCCGUCCAAGAAGCGGCGGCGCGACGCCGAACCAGCGUUGAUUGCUGACGUGGAAAUGCUAAAGGUGUCAACGUACACGCCGCCCAACAAUGGGCCGUACCCCGUCGAUGCGCCCAAGCUCAACUCGGUGCGGUUCACGCCAGCACAGACCGAGGCCAUCAUGUCGGGCGUGCAGCCCGGGCUGACAGUGAUUGUCGGUCCGCCUGGCACGGGCAAGACAGAUGUGGCCACGCAGAUCAUCAACACCCUCUACCACAACUUCCCCGAGCAGCGCACACUGCUGGUUGCACACAGCAAUCAGGCACUGAACCAGCUGUUUGCCAAAAUCGCGGCCCUCGACAUUGACCAGCGGCACCUGCUACGGCUUGGCCACGGUGAAGAGGAGCUAAGCAUUGAGGGCGCCAGCUUCAGCAAGUACGGCCGUGUCGAGAUGUUUUUGGAGAACCGCAACCAGUACUUGCAGGAAGUGACGCGGCUGGCGGCAAGCAUUGGUGCGCCGGGCGCGCAUGGCAACUCGGCCGAGACGGCUGGCUACUUCAACGCGGUGUACAUUGAGCCGGCAUGGUCCAAAUUCAACGACGUGGCCGUGCACACAGACGGCGCGUCGGCGGCCGACAUUGUGCAGGCAUUCCCGUUCCACAACUACUUUGCGGAUGCGCCGCAACCGCUGUUCCCCGAGGACGCCGACCGCGAUGCCGUACUGGACAUCGCCAACGGCUGCUAUCGGCACAUUUCUAAGGUGUUUACGGAGCUGGCAGACGUGCAGCCGUUUGAGAUUUUGCGACGCGACCGUGACAAGGCCAACUACCUGCUCACCAAGGAAGCGCGCAUUGUGGCGAUGACGUCGACGCACGCAGCGAUGCGGCGUGGCGAGAUUGCGGCGCUCGGGUUCCAUUACGACAACGUCGUGGUGGAGGAGGCGGCGCAGAUCACAGAAAUUGAAGACUUUAUCCCCUUGGCGCUGCAAAAGGUCAACGCGACGUCCGGCGAGGUGCCGCUGCAGCGCGUGGUGCUGUGCGGCGACCAUCUCCAGAACUCGCCCAUCGUGCAGAACCUGGCCUUCCGGCACUAUGCCAACCUCGAGCAGUCGCUGUUCUCGCGGCUCGUGCGCCUCGGCGUGCCCACAAUUAACCUGGACCAGCAGGGCCGCGCGCGCCCGUCGAUUGCCGACCUGUACCGGUGGCGCUACCCGGGGCUCGUGGACCUGCCGCACGUGCAGACGGAUCCGGCCUUUUUGACGGCCAACGCGGGCUUCCGCUACGACUACCAGUUUAUCAACGUGCCCGACUACCGCGGGCGUGGCGAGUCGGAGCCGUCGCCGCACUUUAUCCAGAAUCUGGGCGAGGCCGAGUACGCGGUGGCGCUGUUCCAGUACAUGCGACUGCUGGGCUACCCGGCCAGCAAGAUCACGAUUUUGACGACGUAUGCCGGCCAGCGGGCGCUGAUUCGCGACGUGCUCGAGUUCCGGUGCCGCAAGAGCCCCAUUUUCGGCAUGCCCAAGAUUCUGACUACGGUCGACCGCUACCAAGGCGAGCAGAACGAUUACAUCAUCUUGUCCCUCACCCGUACAUCCCGCGUGGGCUACCUGCGCGACAUCCGCCGCCUGUCUGUGGCGCUGUCGCGUGCGCGCCUGGGUCUGUACAUUCUCGGCCGCCGCGAGGUCUUUGAGACCUGCCCCGAAUUGCGCGAGGCGUUCCAGAUCCUGCUGCAGCGACCCGACAAACUUGCGCUUGUCACGGGCGAGCUAUGGCCGUCGAAGCGCGUCAUUGCCGACGAGAACAAAGCAGCUGCCGGCGGUACGCUGGCCAACGAGGUCACCAUGGAAGGACUAGAGCACCUAGGGCAGUACGUCUUUGAGAUGACCCAGACAAGGUUGCAGCAGAUGCAGGCGGAAGCAGCCAAGACGGCGGCGGCAAAUUCUACAGACGGCGAUGCGCACGGCCAGGGCCCUGAAGGAUUUGACCUGCUGCCAGCGCCAGCCCGGGAGGACGACGGCGAGGAUAUUGUGGCGCUGCCCGGUAGAGACGACGACGACGACGACGACGAUCCGCGCGGUGAAGAAGCCGGCGAUGACGACGGGCCGGAUCCAGAGAGUGGACACGACAAGAAAUGA